UCGAAGUUCAGUAAGUUCACUCUUCACUCUUCGUUUUUCUAAGAGGUAAAUUUUGAAUAAGAAAUAAGGUGCAAAUAUUUUAACAUUUAUUUAACCAUAAGUUGUAAGUUAAAACCGAAUUCAGAGUUUAGUACAGCCGUCACAAACGCCUACUGCACUUGUUACUGCAAAUCGUUAGACCGACGUACUUCCACGUUUACAUAAUCAUCAUUUGUCGUGAAACURAACGCCGUUCAAAUAGCUAUGAUUUGGUAGGUUGAUUGAGAGACAAAGAGAAAACCAAGAUUUUUGUCCAAUGAAUUCUGAAAGUCCUGCAUCGAUUGGCGUUUCAUUUGCUGGUAAUAUCGGUGAGAAAAUACCGUUAAUGAAUCGCCGCCGACAAAUGUUUGACUAUUUCACGCGCAUGUUUGGAAACUCUAGUACUGGCUCUGAGGAAACAUCCAAGGAUGGCUACGUUGAAUUUGGCAAUAUUGGAGAGGCGACCAGUGGCCGUACAUUGGGCCCGUUUGCUGGUGUGUUUGCGCCUGUUUGUCUGUCCAUGUUUAGUGCCAUGUUGUUCCUGAGAGUGGGGUUUGUGGUUGGAAAUGCUGGCCUUAUUGAGACAUUAUUCCAAUUUGCUAUUGCUUACACUAUUAUUGUUUUUACUGUAAUGUCUGUUUGUGCUAUAUCAACCAAUGGUGCUGUUGAAGGAGGUGGUGCUUAUUUUAUGAUAAGUAGAACAUUAGGACCAGAACUUGGAGGAUCUAUAGGAACAUUGUUUUUUUUGGCAAAUAUUGUAAGCAGUGCUCUCUGCCUUACAGGAUGUGUAGAAGGACUAAUAGAUAAUUUUGGAGAAUCUGGUAUGUUAAAUUUUCAACUAAUUGUGCCAUCUUUCAAGUAUUUUUCUGCAUGGACCUGUUCUUUUGGGCUAAUGGGUAGUGUAAUAAUGAUGUUUGUAAUAAAUCCAUUUUAUGCCUCAACAAGUUUUGGAUUGUGUUUGUUACUUAUACUCUUAUUGCACUUCUUCUCUCCAUGUGAAGCUUCUGAAUGGGGAUCAAUAUCUCAAGCUCUAAUAUUUCACCAGGUUCGCAAGUAUCUGCUUUUGUUAGAUCCGAGAAAAAAUCAUAUCAAAUUCUGGAGACCUCAAAUGCUGCUAAUGGUUGCUAAUCCUCGGUCAUCUUGCCCAACUAUAACAUUUAUUAAUGAUCUGAAAAAAAGUGGUUUAUUUGUAUUAGGACACGUCAAAGUCGAUAAAGCAGAAACAAAUUUAGAUUAUACAGAUAAGACCAUCUCUUCCUGGUUGACUUUAGUUGAUCAUGUAAAAGUAAAAGCAUUUGUUGAACUGACUGUAGCCAAUAGUGUAAGAGAAGGAUUACACCAUCUAGUAAGGUUAUCCGGUAUGGGAGCAAUGAAGCCAAAUACUGUUGUAUUGGGUUUCUACGACAAUAAAGUUCCACUUGACUAUUUUACAAGAUUAGAUUCCGUUUAUAAAACAUCCUUAUUUCAAGGAUUAACCACUAAUGAAGAAAAAUUCCCUUUGAGAUUACCCAACGAAGAAAAACAUUUAUCUACAUCAGAAUUUGUAUCAAUGAUCUGUGAUAUAUUUCAAAUGCAUAAAAAUAUAUGUAUUUGUCGACAUUUUGAUUUAUAUAACAAGACUGAUAUUGUUAAAAACAUUAAGUAUAAGUAUAUUGAUGUUUGGCCUGUUAACUUCUUUGGCCCAUCAAUGAAUGAUGCGUAUGAUACUAGCAGCUUGUUUAUGUUACAAUUAUCAUGCAUUAUCAAAAUGAUUGCUGUGUAUAAAAAACACAUAUUGAGAGUUCACUUGCUCAAUACUAUCGAUAUUCAAAGCCAAAGAGUACAGCUAAAACAGCUGUUGUCUACGCUACGUAUUAAAGCUUCAAUUCAUGAAGUAACAGAAUGGUCUCAAAUUGAUUUGACAACAUUAGACAGUGAUGUAAAUACGUAUAUUUCUAGGGUGAAUAAACUAAUUAGAAAUCAGUGUGCUGAAACUAUUUAUGUUAUAAAAUAA